AUGAAGCUCACGAGCUGCAUCGCUUUAAUCUUCCUCGAAGCCUCCGCAUCGGCAGAGUCCUGCAUCAUGGGCGAGCUCUGCGACCGCGUCAUCAAGGAAGGUUUGUCGUGUGAUUCUGCGGGCAUUUGCGAGGCCCACGUACAAGAGAUUUACCAACAACUCCGCGAAGGAGCGGCCAUCCUCACAGACGGGACCGACAAUGGGGAUGGUGAGGUUACGAGCCAGGACCAGGCUGUCGCAAACCGCAAGAUUCGCUUGGCUGAGGGCAUUCAGCACUGGGGGCCUUCCGCGGGGUUGCAUGAGAGGGAAGUGCGUGCCACGGGCCAGCCCGUUAGGUAG